AUGGCGACGGCGGGGAGCCGGACCUCGUCCUCGUCGUCGGGAUCUGUAGACUCAAAUAACGGCACAAACGUUGGAAGCGGACCUCAGGGAAGUGUGUCUACCCCAGGUCUCCCAAGUAGUCCCGGGAAGUCGAAGAAAAGCACCGGGGAAAAUUCACAAUGGAGACGUAAAGAGCUGCGGAAAGUGAGAAGUGUGGAUCUGGAUAAACCCGAGGUGCUGCUCCUAUCUCCCGAGACCGGGACAGCUCCGAUAUCAGCGCAGCUGCACUUCUUGUCUGUUUCCUCGCCCGGUGCUGUUCAAGCUACUUUGUUGCAGCAGACGCAUCAUAUUCAGCAAAGUGACUCAUUAACUGGCGAUACUCUCUCUGAUAAAGCAAGCAAUAGUUUGUCCACUGCCGCUCAGGAAUUGUUGAAAACUUCUUUUAAAAACAGCAGCGACCAUCUCAACGCCGAUAAUGGUGCUACCGGAACUUCAGUGGAAGUGACUGCAAAACAGCAAAUUUGCAGCCGAGACAUGGAGACCAAGGACACGCUGCGGGGCCUGCAGAAGAUGGACGACCGGCCCGAGGAGCGCAUGAUCCGCGAGAAGCUCAAGGCCACCUGCAUGCCCACCUGGAAGCACGAGUGGCUGGAGCGGAGGAACCGCCGAGGCCCUGUGGUGGUCAAGCCCAUCCCGCUGCGACCCGAUGGGAGCGAGGCCGGGCAGGCCGGAGCGGAGGGGCCCCAGGCCUCCGCGGGCACCUCCCCCCAGAGCAGGGGCCGCCGCAGCCCCUCCCCGGGGCCCUCCUCCUCCUCCUCGUCCUCCUCCUCGGCCAAUGGCAAGCUCAGCGGAAAGCCCGACUCCCCCGGCGUUAGGAGGAAGAGGGCAUCCCCAGUGCCGUUCCAGAGCGGGCGAGUCACACCACCUCGCAGGGCUCCCUCUCCAGAUGGCUUCUCGCCUUACAGCCCAGAGGAGACCAGUCGCCGGGUCAACAAGGUCAUGAGGGCCCGCCUCUACCUGCUGCAGCAAAUAGGACCCAACUCCUUCCUGAUUGGAGGAGACAGCCCUGACAACAAAUACAGAGUGUUCAUUGGUCCACAGACUUGCAGCUGUGGCCGAGGCGCGUUCUGCAUCCAUGUCCUCUUCGUCAUGCUCCGGGUGUUCCAGCUGGAGCCCUCCGACCCUCUGCUCUGGAGGAAGACCCUCAAGAACUUUGAGGUGGAGAGCCUGUUCCAGAAGUACCACAACCGGCGCAGCUCCCGGAUCAAGGCGCCCUCGCGCAACACCAUCCAGAAGUUUGUGUCGCGCAUGUCCAACUCGCACACCACCUGUCCUUCCAGCACCUCCGCCUCCAGCACGGAGAGCAGCAUGAAAGAUGAGGAGGAGCAAAUGUGUCCGAUCUGUCUGUUGGACAUGUUGGACGAGGAGAGUCUAACCGUGUGUGAAGAGGGCUGCAGGAAUAAGCUCCACCACCACUGCAUGUCUAUCUGGGCAGAGGAAUGCAGGCGAAACCACGAAACGCUGAUCUGCCCUCUCUGUCGAGCCAAGUGGAAGUCCCAUGAUUUUUACAGCCAUGACCCAUCCUCCUCUGUGGAGGGCUCCUCCAGCCGCAGCCAAAGCCAGGCCUCCUCAGGGGCCCACAGCGAGAGCCUGCGCCUGGGCCAGCCGGAGGGCGACUUCACCCUGCCCCACUACGGCGUGCAGCAGAUCCCGCAGACCUACAAAGAGCUGGCCGAGCCCUGGAUCAAGGUCUUUGGCAUAGAGCUGGUGGGCUGCCUGUUCUCGCGGAACUGGAACAUCCGGGAGAUGGCGCUGCGGCGGCUGUCGCACGACGUGAGCGGCGCUCUGCUGCUGGCCAAUGGAGAGCGCUCGCUGGGCGGAGGGGCGGGACUCGGAGGGGCCAGCGGAGGAGGAGGAGGAGGAGGAGGAGGAGGUGGCGGAGGAGCAGGAGGAGGGACAGGAAGUUGCGGGGAGGUGUCCGGCGAGGUGGUGGUGGAGUCCUGCUGCAGCGUCCUCUCCAUGGUGUGCGCUGACCCCGUCUACAAGGUCUACGUGGCCGCUCUGAAAACCCUGCGGGCAAUGCUGGUGUACACCCCCUGCCACUCCCUGGCCGAGCGCAGCCGACUGCAGCAGCUCCUCCGGCCCGUGGUGGAGACCAUCCUGGUCAAGUGUGCCGACGCCAACAGUCGUACCAGUCAGCUGUCUGUGUCUACCCUGCUGGAGCUGUGUAAAGGGCAGAUGGGGGAGCUUGCGGUGGGAAGAGAGAUCCUCAAAGCAGGGUCCAUAGGCAUCGGUGGGGUGGACUACGUCUUAAACUGCAUCCUGGGCUCCCAGACGGAGUCCACUAACUGGCAGGCCCUGCUGGGCCGCCUGUGCCUGAUCGACCGGCUACUGCUGGAGUUCCCCGCCGAGUUCUACCCUCACAUCGUCUCGGCCGGAGACUGCAACCAGUCGCAGAACCUGGGGGAGAGCAGGUACCAGAAGCUGCUGCCGCUGCUGAGCUUCGCGCUGCAGUCCAUCGACAACUCCCACUCCAUGGUGGGCAAGCUGUCGCGGCGCGUGUUCCUGAGCGCGGCGCGCAUGGUGGCCCGCGUGCCGCACGUCUUCCUCAAGCUCCUGGACAUGCUGAGCGCCACCAGCUCCACCCACUACGCCCGCAUGCGCCGCCGCCUGCUGGCCAUCGCCGAGGAGAUGGACAUCCUGGACGCCAUCCACCUGGGCCUGGAGGAGCUGCAGGCGGCCGAGAGCGGCGGGGCCGGCUGCGGAGGAGGAGGAGGAGGAGGAGGCGCCGGGGUCGGAGGUGCAUCGGCGGGGUGCGGAGGAGCGCACUACGCCGACGGACCGGCCGUGCCGCACAACUCGCCGAAUGCGACCGAGUGCAACUCGCCGGCCCACACGGUGCAGCUGAACGCGGCCGGCAAGCCGAGAGGAAGAUCCCAGCAGCAUCAGCAUCAGCAUCAGCAUCAACAUCAACACCAGCAUCAGCACCAGCAGGGAUGUCCCGCUCGGAACUCGGCGACAGCGGCAGCAGGGGGGGUUCCCGAGGACGUCCUGGCGGAGCGUCUGGCGGCCAUGUCGGCCAGCGGCGGCCCCCCGGCCGACUACCCAAAGCCCCCCGUGCAGGCGAGAGGCCGGCCGCAGAGCCAGUGUCUCGGCUCGCCGUCUUCCUGCGGCACGUCUCAGGCGAGUCCGGCGCUCCUGCCCUCCCCGUCUGCCCCCCACGGCCCCGCCUUCCCCACCACGGACGCCCCCAGCCCCAAGACGGCCCCCCGGGGCCCGCCGGGCUUCGUGCCCAGCAAGCUGGCGGCCGGCGCCUCGCCCGGUGCCCAGCGCAAGUACCCGCUGCAGAAGCCGGCGGGAGCGUGCGGCAGCGGCAGUGGCAGCGGCAGCGGCAGUGGCAGCGGUGCCGCCUGCAGUAAGGACGCGGAGAAAGACCCGUCGGCCGUCUUCACCCAGUCUCGCCCGCUGCCCUCCAGCCAGAUCCACAGACCAAAGCCCUCUCGGCCCGCACCCUCCGAGGGCAGCGGCACCGGCGCCAGCGGCAAGCCCAUCUGCCCUCCGCCGGCCGCCAAGGGCAGCCUGAAGCUGGACCUGCACGACUCCGCGCUGGCCGCCUCCGGCCCGAGCGUAGCUGGUGACUCGUCGCCGUCGUCGUCGUCGAUGUCCGCCGCCGCGGCGGCCUCCGGUCCCUCGGGCGCCGGCACGCUCAUCCCCAGCGAGGACACGGUCUUCACGCCGGUGGAGGAGAAGUUCCGCGGGCUGGAUGCCUCCGCCGAGCUCAACUCCAGCAUGGAGGACCUGCUGGAGGGCACCAUCAUGCCCAGCGCUGGCGAGGGCACCGUCACCUUCCAGUCCGAGGUGGCCGUGCUGUCCCCGGGCGAACAAGGGGGCACUCGCGGCGACUCCAACAACAGCGGCAGCGGCGGCGGCGGCGGCGGCGGCGGCAACAGUGGCGGAGGAAGCACCACCCGCGGCACCUACACGGACGACGUGGCGCAGCACCAGAAGUGCAAGGAGAAGAUGGAGGCGGAGGAAGAGGAGGCGUUGGCCAUCGUCAUGGCAAUGUCGGAGUCGCAGGACGCCCUUCCCAUCAUCCCCCAGCUGCAGGUGGACAAGGGAGAGGACGUCAUCAUCAUCCAGGCGGAUACGCCGGAGACGUUACCUGGUCAUACCAAAGCGAAGCAGCCGUACCGGGAGGGGCAGGAGUGGCUGAAGGGUCAGCAGAUCGGCCUGGGGGCCUUCUCCUCCUGCUACCAGGCGCAGGACGUGGGCACCGGCACCCUCAUGGCGGUCAAACAGGUGACGUACGUGCGGAACACGUCGUCGGAGCAGGAGGAGGUGGUGGAGGCGUUGCGGGAGGAGAUCCGCAUGAUGGGCCACCUCAACCACCCCAACAUCAUCCGCAUGCUGGGCGCCACCUGUGAGAAGAACAACUACAACCUUUUCGUGGAGUGGAUGGCAGGUGGCUCCGUGUCGCACCUCCUGAACAAGUACGGGGCCUUCAAAGAGGCCGUGAUCGUCAACUACACCGAGCAGCUGCUCCGAGGGCUGGCCUACCUCCACGAGAACCAGAUCAUCCACCGAGACAUCAAAGGUGCCAACCUGCUGAUCGACAGCACAGGGCAGAGGCUGCGGAUAGCAGACUUUGGUGCGGCCGCCCGGCUGGCCUCCAAGGGAACGGGCGCAGGAGAGUUCCAGGGCCAGCUGCUGGGAACCAUCGCCUUCAUGGCCCCAGAGGUGCUGAGAGGACAGCAAUACGGGCGCAGCUGUGACGUCUGGAGCGUGGGCUGUGCCAUCAUCGAGAUGUCCUGUGCCAAGCCACCCUGGAAUGCUGAAAAACACUCGAACCACCUGGCUCUGAUAUUCAAGAUUGCCAGCGCCACGACAGCACCCACCAUCCCCACUCACCUGUCGCCGGGGCUACGUGACGUGACGCUGCGCUGUCUGGAACUCCAGCCGGCUGACCGCCCCGCCUCCAGGGAACUGCUCAAGCACCCUAUGUUUCGCCUCAACUGGUAGCAUAACCCCCCCCCCUUCCAAUGUCUACCCCAAAUCCCCAAACCCCUCAUCCCAAGUCCCCUUUAACCCUGAUCCUAACACAUAUCAUCCCUUAGCCCAGUAGGGCCACACGUAUGGAGAUACUACUGAAGGCCCCCUCCUCUAGCCUGCUGCCCCUAACCUAACACCUCUUCUUGUCCCCCUUGCACAUGCAUACACACACACACACACACACACACACACACACACACACACACACACACACACACACUGCUUUGGUCGCUGUGCCCAGGGACACACAGCCACACAGGGAACAUGGCCUCCGCCGAAGGACCCGGGUACCUUUUUUCACAACACACAUCGACACAUGCAAACACACGAAAACGCGCGCUAACACACCGACACGGACACAGACACACAUACACACACACUUCCAACUCCCCUCAUAUCACUCACAUAGAACCUGCCCUCACCGCCAGAGCAUGAGAAGCUCCCUCCACCGGUGCCUUUGUCGGAGUGCCAUGCAUCAGCUCACUGUACUCCCUCUGCAAAAUGGCUGUUAGUCUGGUUGUAUCAGCACUUGUAUUUUCUUUCUUUUUUUUAGCCAUUACUUUUGCAAGAGGUUUAAAAAGGGGGUUGCCUGUUAUAUCUCAACCUAGUGGUUUGUGAUAUUACUUUUAAAUGUAAGCAUUAGACAAUGGAUAUGACAACUUAAAUCAAAGUCGACUCUUGAGGUCUGAUUUCUGCUUUCUACAAUGACCAUUGUUGUGGAGUAAAGGAGAGGUGUAAAAAAUUGUUUUUUCUUUUUUUGUUUGUUAAUUGCAUCCUCUCGUGUAAAGAUUAUGAUUUGAUCAUUUGUGCAUAUUACUGUCAGGCCAUUAUAAUAGCUUGGGGAAAAACAUCUUGGAGGUGAAUCAGGGAAUGGUGACUUUUUUUUGAACAGAAACUUUGCUAGUUCAGCUAGCCAAUCGCUGAAUGUGAACGCUUAUGAUACUGUCAUUUGUUUUUGAUGUUUCCUUUGUUACUAGAUUUUUUAAGCUGAAAAUCCCAUGUACGAUUCUAUGAUUUUAUGUUUUCAAAGCAUUCAACAGCUUUUGUAUGUGUGUGGGUCUAACUGAGACAGUGAGUCGUCGUUAGAGUUUCAGAGGUUAUGUCAUAUAAGCAAAAAGUUGAAAGGAUGUUUUGAAGUUGUCUGUUUUAACAUUGAUCAGAAGAGUUAGCCCACUGUUACUUUCAAGCAAUGCAGAUAUUUCUGUUUCUUUGAUUUUACCUUUGACAUUUGAUGAGCCCUUUCAAACAAGCUGUGUCAUUUCAUGCAGAAGCAAUCUAUUCAAAAAUGUUCACUGUUCAGCCAUUCUCUAGGUGCUGGUCCUCUAUGUAAUGCUACGUUUCCGAUAAUUUGUGAUUUUAAACUUUGUGAACUUUAAACUUUUUUUUUUUUUUUUUAAGAAAUCUUCUUAAAACAUUUUAAAUAUGUUUUUUUAGAAUGUAUAUCAGAGGUUUUCUAAGUCACCUCCAGGUGAUUGUUUUCUAUAUAAACUUAAAAUGCUGUCAAACUAUUUUGGUGGAGGGAUAUCUCUGAACUAAAGGCAGAUCAUUCUGCUCAUAAUUGUUUUUUUUUGUUUUGUUUUUGACAUGAUUUUUUAAAAACAACUCAUCUCUUUUUUAUUAGAAUUGUUGCGCAUGUUCCUCAACCUUAUUAAUCAUAUGACCCAUAACUCUUCAAGUGAUCAUGCUCUUGUUUUUUAAAAAAAGAUGACUGAUAUUUACAUUAAUUAUGAAUCAGACAAUUGUUUUCAAAGUGGGAUAUGCAUUGCUAUUCUAUGUUUUCGGCUCCCUUGACAAAAAAAUUAUAUAUAUUAUCAAGGGAUUUAAUUUUUUCACAUAAAAAAAUCAGAGAAAUUUGAAUUUUAUUUAAACAAAUCCGAUUUCUUUAUAUGGAGUACAAGCUGAUCAAGCUUGAAGGGUUAGAAUGUAAAUAGAUGAAAUUUUGGUAGCUAAAAUUAUUGUACUUGACUCCUGUAUUUUUAUACCACACUGUUUUCCAUAAAUACAUAUUUUUGUUCCUGCUUUUAUUUUAUUUUUUUUCUUACCUUUCGUUGUCUUUGUAAAAGCUUUAAAGUUAUGCACUCUUUGUCUUUUUAUAUACUGGAAAAAAUCUGUUUCAGUCAAAUUCAUAAAUGCUAAUCAGUAUUACUUCAAUAUGUCAUGUCUAUAAUUCUUACCAAUAUUUCAAUGCCUUUGGAAUUUCUUCUUACCCACCUGUGUCUCAACCAGCUUGCUGGGCCUUUGUUAUGUAUUUUAUUUUGAUGCCUAUGUGAUGUAAUCUUAUGCAUUUUUUUUUUAUCUGAGCUGGACUGACUGUGUUUGUCUGGAAUGAUGCUGUCUCUUGUGUCACUUGGUGGUACUUUUUUUUUUUUUUUUUUUGUCAAGAACGUCUUUUGCUGUUUUUAUUCCAGUCUCUACUACCUCAGGUGUCCUAUAGAGUUUUCCUCUACCAAAGUUCACUUUCUCAAUAUAUAUAUUAUAUAAAUAUAUAAAUAUAUAUUCUUUUGACUGUUAAUUGUUUUUUGAUCUCUCUUCUUCAAAGAUUUCCAGGGCUUAAGGGCUAACUUGUAUUAGCACCUUUUAUUGUGCAAAUAAAACUUGUGAAAACUCUGGGUUCAGAAAAGUAAAAUUUGGCUUAAGCUGUAUCUUUCGACUUAAAUAUAUCAAGAUAUUUUAAUGAUUAAAGUUUUUACCCCAUUGGA